GAGAGGGAUAAUACCUUCUGAAUACAUGGUGAAUGUAGUCAUAGGGCUUAAACUGACUGGGGGGCACAGAGACAGAGAGCGUGCAUGUGAGUGACACCGAGCACCAUCAUCAACUCUCCCCUGCGGCCGCCCUCGGUCUCUCCAUCCUCCUCCUGAAGAGAGACGGAGGGAAUCACUCAACAGACAAACACAGGAGAGGAUACGAUACAGCUGAAGCUGAAACUGAGCUAUCAUAAGAGGCAUCAGAAAACAAACAUUAAGUCAGUCUUGUUGUGGGCACCAGCCCACCCAGAGCCUUUUUCUCAGGCGGAGCCGUGCUCAGUGUGAACCGCCGGAGGAGGAGAGAGGAUGCUGAACAACAUAACGGACUGCGAGGAGGGAGAGGGGGGACACAACAGCCAGGGUGAUGGUAACCCCAAAGAGAGCAGUCCUUUCAUCAACAGCAGCGCAGCCAGCGACGCGGAGAAGAGCCAACAGUAUGACGGCAAGAACAUGGCUCUGUUUGAGGAGGAGAUGGAUACCAGUCCAAUGGUCUCCUCUCUGCUCAGCAGUCUGGCCAACUACUCCAACCUGCCAACGGGCAGCAAAGAGCACGAAGAGGAAGAGAAUAACGAGGAGGGGGCACGUCCAUCUAAAAAACCUGUCAAGGCACCACAGCUGGGCACUUUGAUGGGAGUGUACUUGCCGUGCAUCCAGAAUAUCUUUGGAGUGAUCCUCUUCCUUCGGAUGACCUGGAUGGUUGGGAUCGGAGGCGUCUUCGGCUCCUUCGUAAUCGUCUUCAUGUGUUGCUCCACGACCAUGCUCACAGCCAUCUCCAUGAGUGCCAUUGCAACGAAUGGAGUUGUGCCAGCUGGAGGUUCAUAUUACAUGAUCUCCCGCUCGCUGGGGCCUGAGUUUGGUGGAGCUGUGGGGAUCUGCUUCUACUUGGGAACCACUUUCGCAGGUGCCAUGUACAUUCUUGGCUGCAUUGAAAUUCUGCUGAUUUAUAUCAUUCCUCAGGCAGCCAUCUUCAAGAUCGAGGGCCUGGAGGGGGCGGAGGCGGAGGCGGCUCUCCUCAACAAUAUGCGGGUGUACGGCACCAUUGUUCUGAGCCUAAUGGCGCUGGUGGUGUUUGUGGGCGUCAAAUAUGUAAACAAGUUGGCGCUGCUCUUCCUGGCAUGUGUCAUCCUCUCCAUCUUGGCUGUUUAUGCUGGAGUCAUCAAGACUGCCAUCGACCCCCCCGUCUUCCCGGUCUGCCUCCUGGGGAAUCGAACUCUUCUCUCCAAGGGAUACGACGUAUGUGCAAAGGUCAUCGAAAUAGACAAUGAAACUAUCACCACCAAACUGUGGAGGUCUUUCUGUGAUUCCGAGUCCCUCAAUGCCACAUGUGAUGAGUACUUCACCAACAACAACGUCACAGAGAUACAGGGCAUCCCAGGGGUCACGAGUGGCAUCCUGGCAGAAAACCUGUUUGGCAACUACCUGGAAAAAGGAGUGUUUCUGGAAAAGCGUGGACUUGCAUCAGAUGUGGAUCCAGAUAGUCCCAUAACCAGCUCCAACCGCUACGUCCUGUCUGACAUCACCAGCUUCUUCACCCUGCUGGUGGGAAUUUACUUCCCAUCAGUCACAGGUAUCAUGGCAGGCUCCAACCGCUCCGGCGACCUGCGUGAUGCUCAGAAGUCAAUUCCCAUCGGGACGAUUGCAGCCAUCACCACAACAUCCACUGUGUACAUGUCCUGUGUGGUGCUGUUUGGAGCCUGUAUAGAGGGAGUAGUCCUCAGAGACAAGUUUGGUGAAGGGGUCAGUGGGAACCUGGUGAUCGGUACACUGGCAUGGCCGUCUCCAUGGGUCAUUGUGUUUGGCUCCUUCUUCUCCACCUGUGGAGCAGGGCUCCAGAGUCUGACUGGAGCUCCACGUCUCCUACAGGCCAUCUCAAGGGAUGGCAUCAUCCCAUUUCUGAGGGUGUUUGGACAUGGCAAAGCCAAUGGGGAGCCCACCUGGGCCCUCCUGCUCACAGCUAGCAUCUGUGAGAUUGGCAUCAUCAUCGCCUCCCUGGAUGCAGUCGCACCCAUCCUCUCCAUGUUCUUCUUGAUGUGCUACAUGUUUGUCAAUCUCGCCUGUGCGCUGCAGACGUUGCUGAGGACCCCAAACUGGAGGCCGCGCUUCAAGUUCUACCACUGGGCUCUGUCUUUUCUGGGUAUGAGUUUGUGCCUGUCGCUCAUGUUCAUCUGUUCCUGGUAUUACGCCAUAGUUGCCAUGGGCAUCGCCACCUGCAUCUACAAAUACAUUGAGUUCUGUGGAGCUGAGAAGGAGUGGGGUGAUGGGAUACGGGGCAUCUCGCUGAGCGCUGCUCGCUUCGCCCUCAUGAGGCUGGAGGAGGGACCACCACACACCAAGAACUGGAGGCCUCAGAUCCUGGUUCUGGUGAGUGUGGAUGCCGACCAGAACGUAGAGCAGCCUCGUCUGCUGUCUCUGACCAAUCAGCUGAAAGCAGGAAAAGGCCUGACCAUCGUCGGUACCGCAGUUCAAGGAACCUUCCUCGACAACUACACUGAGGCGCAGAGGGCAGAUCAGUCUUUGCGUAAGUUGAUGGAGAUGGAGAGGGUGAAGGGUUUCUCACAGGUAGUCAUCUCCUCUAACCUGCGAGAUGCGACGUCCCACCUGAUCCAGGUCGGAGGACUGGGAGGUCUGAAGCACAACACCGUGAUGGUCAGCUGGCCCCGCAACUGGAAACAGCCGGAGUACCACCAGCAAUUUAGGAACUUUAUCGAGGUGGUUAGAGAGACGACUGUGGCCAGUAUGGCCUUGUUGGUUCCCAAGAACAUCUCCAGCUACCCGUCCAACGGCGAGCGCUUCACCGAAGGCCACAUCGAUGUGUGGUGGAUUGUCCACGACGGAGGCAUGCUGAUGCUCCUGCCCUUCCUGCUGCGACAACAUAAGGUGUGGAGGAAGUGCAAGAUGCGCAUUUUCACAGUCGCUCAGUUGGAUGACAAUAGCAUCCAGAUGAAGAAAGACCUCAUCACCUUCCUCUAUCACCUGCGUAUCGAUGCUGUGGUGGAAGUGGUGGAGUUGCAUGACAGUGACAUCUCAGUCUACACCUAUGAGAAGACACUAAUAAUGGAGCAACGAUCACAGAUCCUCAAGCAAAUGCACCUGACCAAGAAUGAGAUGGAGAGAGAGAUCCAGAGCAUCACAGAUUCCUCUCGUGGAUCCAUUCGACGUAAAAACCCGUCCGCUUCACGCUCCCAGCACAGCGCCGAGGAGGGAACCAGUGUGGCAGAAAGACCGGAGGAGGAGUCUCUGGCUGUCUCCAACUCAAUACAGGCACAACUGAUCCACAGUAAGAACGCCUCCACACCGACCAGCCCCACAAGCCCCACGUCCCCCGCAGGGCCCGCAGGGGGUGCUGCCACCUGGACUGACAACAGGGGUGCAGACAAGGGGAAGAACCUUUUUGCAGCGAGCCCAGAGUCAGUGAAAGAUCUGUUCAACAUGAAGCCGGAAUGGGAGAACCUGAACCAGUCUGAUGUGAGGCGUAUGCAUACAGCAAUGCGGCUCAAUGAGCUCAUCAUGAAGAAGUCCAAGGAGGCGAAGCUUGUCCUGCUCAACAUGCCUGGCCCACCAAAGAACCGUGUGGGCAACGAGAACUACAUGGAGUUCCUUGAGGUGCUCACUGAGGGUCUCAAUCGGGUCCUCCUAGUGCGUGGAGGUGGACGUGAGGUCAUCACCAUCUACUCCUAAAGGGCUCAUUAGGUCUUUUGACGACACCCACACGGACUCUGCCCUCUCGUCUCUCGGAAUUGUUCCAGGAAAAUCCUGUCACGCUCGUCCAGUCGCCUGCCACCUCCUGUUUUGCUCAGAUGUCAGUGUUUACAGGUGAAAUAUACUCACAUAGACGGGGCUGUGUCUGUAGCAUACACAGAGAAGCAUGCAGCAGGCACAUUUUCUGUUCUCAGCUGAAAACAGUAUUUUUGACCCAUGAAUAAGGCCCACUUACUUGAAAUUCUUAUUUUGUUGGGAUAUGCAGUACCAAUGUACAUACAAGCAGUUUUGUCAUUGUGAUAAAACUUCACUGGCCUUCACUGUCUGUCCCUUUCAAUUUCAAUUUGGAUGUCAAAUACAGUAAUAGUAAAUAAUAAAGCUGACUAACAAUAGAUAUUACAAAAGUAAAAACCAACAAAAUAAUUAAAGAAUACAGGCUUACAGAACAAAAUGUGUAGUAGAAAAACAAGAACAUUUAACUUUCUGGUGUGUUUAAAUCAUCUUUCUGUCUUUUUUUUGGCUUUCGUUCUUAGUAAUUUGUAAAAAAAAAAAAAAAAGGAAUGUUAUUUUUUCUUUAAAAUUUUUCUUAUUUUCUACUAUUUAUUAUUGGUGUUAUGUGUGUAUUUAUUCAUCUAAUCAUGUCUGUCUUUGUCCUGGUCUGUUUUUUUAUUUAAGUGUAUGGUUGGAAGCACACAAGUAAUAAUGUUAGAGUGCAAUAACAAUGAUUCUGAUUCGUGAUGGAAAAAAGGGUUGGAUGAGGAACCUACUCUGGCAAAAUAUUCACAUGAAGAGAAGUAUUAAAGGUCCAGUGUGUAGGAUUUAUGGAGACCUAUCAACAGAAAUUAAAAACCAUUCAAAUUUUUGAGGUUGGACCAAAUAGAUUUUCCAUGAGUUUCGCUAUCUGUGGAAAUGCAGGGGUGAUAUGUGCAAUGUCGAGUUUAUGAACAAUAGUCAAAUAUGACUCGUCCUUUUAGUGAUUACUGGGAUUUAUCUGUUUACUUUUUGUAAGCCUCACUUUCUUGUUGCAGAGACAGAAAUUAAAAACUGAAGAAAACGAUUUGAUGCCGAUUAACAUGAUCCUAAACCUGAUUGUUUGACCUCACUAAUCCUCACAGUUGGAUGGGAAUUGAUGACAUGUUGUAAUCUGAGCUCAGUGAUGGCCACUUGAAAGUAUGCACUAGGUUGUAAUGUAGCAAUGCACUCUGUUGUAAUGUAGCAAUGUUUCUGUAGUAGAUCUACUCCAUAAUUACGUUUUCUGUAAUGUGAAAUAUUCAGGAGAAAAAUUUAAAUGACUUUAUUUAUGUGACGUUUGUGAACAAAUACACAACAUAAACAGAGGUGACAUAUUUGUUUAUUUGUGUCAGAGUCGCUAAAAUAGUAUUGAUUGUUUUACACAUCAGCUGUAAGUCAUAAAUUUUAUCACAGAUUAUUUAUUUUUUACUGGUAUGAAUCAGAUGAGUUAAUAUUUUAAGAAUUUGAAAAAAAAUACUGUAUUGCAUUUGCUGCUAUUCUAAUGCACACCAUUUUGAAAUGGGAAGAAUUUCGCCAUAAUGUUGACAAAGCAAACUACAUGUCACCUACAAAUGAAAUUUAAGAGGAAUCACAUAAGAUGCAUAUAAUGAACAGUUUUAGUUUAUGCACUGAGUCAGAUUAUCCUGUAGAACAUCUCAGUCAUUUGUUUUUGUGUGUGUUUGAGUGUGGUAUACAAUGGAUGUUUAGUGUCUAAUCCCAAGACUUGCGUGUGUUUUGGUUUCCUGCGGAUUUAUAGUAUACGUGUGUUGAACCUCACCUCAUCAUACACACACAUGUAUCUUCUUUUUUGGUAAAUAUCUGUAUAGUCAUCACAGUUUCUCGUAUAUUCCUUAGUGUGGGUGCAUCAUGACAUUGGAAACAACCAAAGUCUAGAAUCACAUUUCUAAAUCUGAACAGUUCUCUGUUUAUUUUUGAAUUACAGCACAAUGGUGUAUUUCUGCAGAUACAUGUAUCACUGGUCUGCAGAAGUUUAAGUCACAAUCUUUAAACUCCCUCAACGAGAGUGUACCAGUAAAAGUUGUGACUACUUGUCCAUAUGCUCUGUGUGUAUGUGUGCGUGUUAACCCGACAUUAUGACACUUUAGGAGAGGACAUUGUGUACAGUUGAAUAUGGCUAUAAAGUUAAGAUGGGACAUUUGUAAAUAGUUCUGUGAUUUUAGGCUUAGAGAUACCAUGUACCAUGUACUAAGCAGUUUGUAUUGUCUUUAAAAUGGUAAAUUUAGUUUUAUGUUCUGUCUUGUCUUAGUAAUGGUUUAACGAAACCAUUUGUCAGCACAAAAUGCAAUAAAUUAAAAACCUUUUUGAUAUGA